GAGAGAGAGAGCAAAAAUGGAGGAAGAACUGACCAACCGCAGUGAUGGUAACAGUAGCAAUUUGGAUACCGGUAAGGCGGAGAGGUCGGUGUGGCUGAUGAAGUGCCCACUGGUGUUGUCCAAGUCAUGGCAGUCCCAUGCUUUGUCCUCCGACUCUCAAUCUGUCGCCAAGCUUCUCGUCUCUCUCGAUCCUCUCCGUUCCGAAGACGACUUCGCCCUCCAGGUGAUUGACAAUGACCGUGGAGUGCAUAUGCGGCGUAUGCCUGUAAUGGUUGGCUUGAUAUCAUCCAAGUUGAGAAUGUUCUGCUCAUCUGAUAAGAAGAAAACAGUUCUGGUUAAGGUAUCAGACAUAAAACGAACCAGAAGGGACUGUGAGAAGCUGGAGGAUAUCAUUUUUAAGCUUUUUGAAAGGCAGCCUAAUUGGACCUUAAAGCAGCUAGUCCAAGAGACUGAUCAACCUGUGCAAUUUCUGAAAGAGAUACUGAACGAACUCUGUGUGUACACUAAGAUGGGAACAACCCAAGGAACAUGA